UUCCUAUCCGAAGGAAAAGCCGUUGGAAUUCAACUUAACCAAUCAACAGAACAUUCUUGAGGUGAAUGGGCAAGGAGUAUCUGAACGUGGUUCAGCCAGCGUUUCUCGUUAGUAACAAAAGUGAAGAAGACUAUGGUGCCUAUAAAAUUGAACGACUAGAUAAACUGGAGAAGGUCAAUGUGAACAACGUUGAACAACUGAGGCUGGUAUUAAACAAAAUUGCUCGAAUUCAAGCACAAUGCCUCAUGGGACACGAAUUGUCCUGCGAAAACCGUGAGUAUCUCCUGAAGCCCAUCGCAAAAUCAAUCACUGGAAACUUCACAGACAUUGAAGAGCAGAUAAUCACAACUACGCUGGACGGGCUUCAAACCGCCCUCAACAAACUGCUUCAAUCCAAUCUCCUUGUUCUGAGUAACUGGAUGAGCACUAACAAUAUUUAUAUAGAUACAAAUAACAACGAUGUGGUGUUUUUGCAAAAUAGUCCCGGGCAGCUUCUUCCUCCAGCCCAUGAUGCUCUUCUCUGCAUAUUUUCAUUGACUACUGAGAAAUUUCGUCAACAUCACUACGAGGAUUUGGCGAACUUCUAUUUUAAGUCCCUAAUCAAUGCUUUUAAAAAUUCAAACCAAACAAUUGCAGACAAUAUAACUGAAGCGUAUAUUGAAACGCAAACAAAUACCUUUUUACCGGUUGUAAAAUUGACCGCAGCCAGCAAAGCGAAAGGUUCGGAUGAAUUGCGAGAUAUUCUAGCCAACAUAGAAAACUACUUGAAAUUUCCGGAAGUAAACCAGGAAGAUGUGUAUCAUGCGAUUAAAACCAAGCUUGCCAGCAGCGAAUUUGAUUUGCUGAAUUACUCUCUAAGAAGGCUGACUGAAAACAAUGGCCAUUUAGGAGACUAUUUCCAUCUGGAGAUUACAGUUAAGCAUCAAGAAAUCGUGGAAAUUUUCAAGUUAUUUGCAAAAAUUGUCAAUAGCACCACAGAUGCCUUUACCGAUUUAAUUGAAAAUGGGCUUGGCAAAAAGGAAAAGUUCUUUUACAUCACUUUGUGUGGACUUUUUGAUGAACAUGGACUUAAUGAUUUAAUGGAUUUUGCUCCCAAGUGCUACAUGUCCGGAUUGAAAGGAAUGAUUCUAGAUGAUCUUACUAGUAUAGGAUAUACGCCACUGACACCAGAUAUUAGCCUAAAAUUCGACGGGGUUAGAAUAAUAUUGGAAAAGCUGGCAAAGUUUCAUGCAUGCACAUUUAUCAUUGAAGAACUGUUAUCCAGGAAAUGGGGCAGGAAAGUGAGGCUUGGAGAGGAAUAUUCCGGAUAUCUGGAAGAAGCUCUUAUCGUUACAGACGGCUCAAUAGGCGAUUUUAUGUUUAACCGGUUUCAGUCAAUUUUUAUUUUGCUUGAUAAAGUGCCUGAGUUGACAAAGGAAGUUGAUUUAACGAGAGAGGAAAUCCAUACGCGACUAACAAACGUUAGGCAAAGCCUAUUUAGGAAAGUGCGCACAUCAAAAACCAUAAGAAAUGUAAUAAACCAUGGCGAUAUGUAUGUGUCCAACAUGCUGUUCAAAUUUGGAGAUGAGCAAUCUGUCCUGGAUGGGAUGUUAGUCGACUUUCAAAUACUGAGGUAUAUGCCCCCUGCUUAUGAAGUCCAAUUCUUCAUCAACGUUUGUUCGAGCAAAGAAGACAAAGAUAAAUACCAGGAGCUUCUUCUGAAUGAAUAUUAUGAUAACAUGUCUGCACAUUUGAAGAAAUUCGAUAUAAAUCCCGAGGAAAUUUAUUCGCGGGAAAAUUAUGAGAUUGACCUACAAAACACUAAAUCGGCCGCGAUGUUAAUGACAUUUUGCUACCUCGUCGUACUCUGUGCUGAUCCAGAGUUUAGAGAAGAAAUGAUGCGUGUAGAGGAAACGAUGAAAUUUUACUUGGAAUAUCAUCAGGAGAAAUAUUUAGAUAUUGCUUUGAAAUGGGAGAACUACAGAAAUCGAGUGACGGGAAUAGUUCGAGAUCUUCUCGAGUGUCUGUAGACGACUGGUGAAUAAUUUCGCUAUCAAUGUUUUUGUAUGUUAAAGAAAUAAAACUUUUUAGCUUU